AUGAACAAUGCAACAUCUGUAGCUGAAUUCCUCCUGCUUGGGCUCUCCAGGAGCUUGAAGGUUCGUCUCUUAUUGUUUGGACUUUUUUCUACAGCCUAUGCCAUGACGCUAGCAGGCAAUGCAAUCAUAUUGAUGCUCAUCUGGCUGGACUCACGAUUACACACACCCAUGUAUUUCUUCCUGAGCAACCUUGCCUGUGUGGACAUUUGCUACACUUCCAGCACAGUCCCUCAGAUGUUGAUUAACCUCCAGAAUCCGAGCAAGCCUAUUUCACUGGCUGGCUGUGCUCUACAGAUGUAUGUCUUCCUGAUUUUGGCCACAACUGAAUGUUUCCUCCUUGCAGUGAUGGCAUAUGAUAGGUAUAUAGCUGUAUGUCACCCAUUGCACUACACAUCUGUCAUGAACAAACAAGUGUGUAUUAACCUUGCUGCAGCCACGUGGACAAGUGGACUUCUCUUGCCAGUGGCACACAUUGUCCUAACCUGGCGGCUACCAUUCUGUGGACCCAAUUUAAUUGAUCAUUUUUUCUGUGAAAUCCCAGCGUUACUGAAACUGGCAUGUGCUGAUACCCAUAUUGUUGAAAAGCUGACUUCAGUGGGGUGCAUUUUCACAUUACUCUUUCCUAUCACCUUCAUCAUGAUGACUUACAUCCGUAUCCUUACUUCCAUCUUGAAAAUCCAAUCUGUUCAAGGCCAGCACAAAGCUUUCUCCACAUGUGCCUCUCAUAUGACUGUAGUGAUCCUCUUCUAUGGGGCAGCCAUAUAUAUGUACAUGAGACCUGAGUCUAGCCACUCCCCAGGUCAGGAUAAAAUAAUCUCUCUCUUCUAUAGUGUUGUCAUUCCCUUGUUCAAUCCUGUAAUAUACAGCCUGAAGAACAAGGAGGUGAAAGGAGCUUGGAUUAAAAUUUUGCAGAAGUGUGAGGUUGGUUUAUUCCCCCCUUCCUAA